AUGAGCGAAUUCCAACGCAAUCCCAAGGACUCGAUGAAGUCCUCCUGGCGGGGACUCGACCGCAAACAGUGGACGCCCUUCCACUGGUUCUACGAGAUCCUCGGCAUCCAUCCGCAGGCCCUGGACAAAGAGGUGCCCGUGCACCAGAAGACCGAGAAGGUGCCCUACAUGGGCCAGUGGUCCCAGCACCGCUGGGUGCUCUGGCACUCGUUCCUCCCCCUGGCCGUCCACCACGUCUAUGUCGCUUACACGGGCCAAAACUUCAGUCCGCUGGCCGCCUUCUUCUUCUACAGCCUCGCCUUCAAGCUCAUCGCCAUCCACGAGUUCCAGGCCCUCCGGCGCAUGGGCCAAAAGCUCGGCUACCUGGACGGUGACCAGCACGAGCGCGACGGGGUGCCCGACGUCGGGGUGCAGAAAGUGGUCCAGUCGCUCAUGUCGACCUCGACCUUCCGGCCCAUCAUGACCGUGCUCCUCAGCUACCGGCGCACGGUGGCCCCGGCGCAGAUGAGCUGGGCGUGGCUGCCCCUCGAGAUCGGGCUGUACGGCAUCAUCCUCGACUUCUGGUUCUACUGGUACCACCGGCUGAUGCAUGACGUGGGCGCACUGUGGAAAUACCACCGCACGCACCACCUCACCAAGCACCCGAACCCGCUGCUGACGCUGUACGCCGACACGGAGCAGGAGUUCUUCGACAUCGCGGGUGUGCCACUCAUGACAUAUUUCACUAUGAAGUUCAUGGGUCUCCCCAUGGGAUUCUAUGAGUGGUGGAUCUGCCACCAGUACGUGAUGUUCGCGGAGCUGGCGGGCCACAGUGGCUUGCGGAUGCAUGCAUCGCCGCCCUCAACGUUGAACUGGCUGUUGAAGCUAUUCGGGGCGGAGCUGGUCAUCGAGGAUCAUGAUCUGCAUCACCGCAAGGGGUGGAAGAAGAGCCAUAACUACGGGAAGCAGACCCGGCUGUGGGAUGUGAUUUUUGGCACCUGUGGCGGACGGAUCGAGAGUGUGUCGGAUAAUGUGGAUUAUUCGAACAAGGUCGCAAUGCCGAUGUUUUAA